AUGGAAAACGAAAAGCUAAGAGAACAUGAAGAAGAAGAAAAAGAAGAAGAGAAAAAAAUAAAUAAAAGAGUAUUAAUUUUACAUAAACAUUAUAGAGAGGGCCCAUUUGAAAAUAGAUUAAGGUUUGAGUGUGAAUUAGAAUUUGUACAAUCUUUAAGUAACAUAGAUUAUAUAAAAUAUUUAUACGAAAACAAAUACUUUAGUGAUAAAAAGUUUCUGAAUUAUUUGAAAUAUUUAAAUUAUUGGAGAACCAAACCGUACAUUUUUUAUAUCCAUUUUCCUAUAUGCCUAUACGUUUUAGAAAUAUUAAAUUGUAGUAAGGUAGAUGAAUAUUUUAACAAAGCUACCUCAUUUAACAACUUUGUGUAUUAUUUAAAGUUGCACUGGUUGUUUUUCAAUUACCAAAUUUAG